AAGCAGAACAGAGAAAGAGAAGAGAGGAGAAGAACAGCUUCAGCUCCUCUUUUCUCAGCCAUGGCGGCGAAGGAGCACCAAAAGCAAGACAAGAAGAGGAAGAGAAAUCUAAAAGAGGGAGAGAGAGAAAAACCCACUUCAAAGAAAACAAAGCACCUUCAGUCCAAAUCCCCAAAACCUCCUUCAACGAACAAGGCCUCCAAAAAGCCUAUAGAAUCGUCCAAAAAGCACAAAUUCAAAUCCCCUUCUGAGAAAUCUCUUGCCGUUCGAGAGAAAAACGAACCCAAAUCGAAGAAGGAAAGCCGGUUGCUCUCAAAGGAAUUGGCAGAGGUGAGGAAGAAAAAGAGGAAGCCGCAUUACACUCUUCAGCAUGAGCUUGCAUCGUUAUGGGAAAAGAUGAGACGCCGUAAUAUAGCCAAAGAAGACAGAUCCAAGUUGAUAAGUGAAGCUCUACAGAAGAUGACCGGCAAAAUUCCUGAAAUUGCAGGCUCUCACAUUUCUUCUCGUGUUCUGCAGACAUGUGUCAAAUACUGUUCACAAGCAGAAAGAGACUGUGUAUUUGAGGAGCUCAGGCCCCACCUUCUUAGCCUCGCACGCAAUACUUAUGCAGUUCAUCUUGUGAAGAAGAUGUUAGAUAAUGCCAGCAAAAAACAGUUGGAAGGGUUCAUUUCCUCUCUCCAUGGGCAUGUUGCCUCUCUUCUUCGACAUAUGGUUGGUUCAGUUGUUGUUGAACAUGCAUUUCAAUUGGGAAAUGGGUCUCAGAAACAAACCCUUUUGUUGGAAUUAUAUUCUACUGAGCUUCAGUUGUUUAAGGACUUGACCACAACGAAUGAAGGCAGGUUAGUAGAUUUGAUUUCUAAACUGGGUCUCCAAAAAUCUUCGGUGCUACAGCACAUGAGUUUGGUAAUUCAACCAAUUUUGGAGAAGGGAAUUGUCGACCACUCUAUUAUACAUAAGGCACUAAUGGAGUACUUCAGCAUUGCUGACAAGUCAUCUGCCUCAGAUGUGAUCCAGCAGCUGUCAGGGCCACUUCUUGUUCGGAUGAUUCAUACGAGGGAUGGGUCAAAGGUUGGCAUGCUCUGUGUCAAGCAUGGAAGUGCAAAGGAAAGAAAGAAACUUAUCAAAGGUAUGAAGGGGCACAUAGGGAAGAUAGCUCACGAUCAAUGUGGGAACAUGGUACUUGUCUGCAUUCUUUCUGCAGUGGAUGAUACAAAGCUUAUAACAAAGGUUAUUGUUCGUGAGCUACAAGCGAUUCUGAAGGAGCUUGUCUUAGAUAAGAAUGGAAGACGCCCACUGUUACAGCUGCUUCAUCCAAAUUGUCCACGCUAUUUUGGUCCUGAUGAUCUAGCUUUGCUCAGUUUGUCAGUACCUUCUCUCUGCACCAAGGGUGAAAGGUUAGAAGUUACAAACUUUGAAAAGCAAAAAGAAUUUUCAGCAAUCGAUUCCGAGCAUAAGGAUGAUGAGAAUGAUGUGGAGACCCUGAAGUUAGCAGACGGAGGCAAAAAGGAUCCAUCAUUACGAAGAUUUGAACUCUUGGUGAAUAGUGGGCUUGCUGAGAGUCUCAUUGACACGUGCAUUGAGAGUGCGGGAGAAUUGCUUCGAUCAAAUUUCGGCAAAGAAGUUGUAUAUGAGGUGGCUACUGGUGGGGCUGGCGGUAUUCUUCAUGAGACUUUGUCUGACAAAAUAGGAACCUUACAUGAAGCUAUAGCCACCCUUGCAUCCCUUCCCAAGGCGGAGAAAUCCGAUGAACAUCUGUUUGAGAACUUCCAUUCCAGCAGGACAAUCAGAAAACUGGUCUUGGACAGCCCCAGCUUUGCUGCCACCCUAUGGAAGUCAGCUCUGGAAGGGAAGUGCGAUGUGUGGGCCGAAGGCCAUAGUUGUAAGGUGGUUUCUGCAUUCUUGGAAUCAUCUGAUUCCAUGGUGAGAGAUCUUGCGAAACGUGAGUUGCAGCCCCUGAUAGAUCGUGGCGUUCUCAAAGCUCCAGAGACCAAGCAAGCGGAAAAAGAAGGUUGAGGCCCUCUUCAUAUGUGAUGAUUUUUCUUCCCUGCUUUCCAUCCAUGCACCUUUUAAGAAUGUGUUUUGUUAACUUAUAUUCUGGAUCGUAAACGCCCAGAAUCAGACCCAAGAUUUUGUUGUUCAAUCCAAAAAAAGAAAAAAGAAAAAAAGAGAAGGGAAGAAGAAGAGGGUAUUGUUGCAGCCUCUGCAAAGCCUUUUUUCCUUUUGUUUUUUUAAUCUUUUCCUUUUUUUUUAAAAAAAAGUUUCUCAUUUUGAAUCAUCCUACAAAAAAAACAUUGGAGAUGUAAACACAAAGACCCAAAUGAGAGGCCAGCCACUCACGAAUCAUCUAAGAUUGUGUGCUGCUUUUCAUUGUCAUAUCCAUGUACUGGCAGAAUCAGGAUCUGCAUGUGGUGGGCCUGGUCCGGGCCGAUCGGUUUCCUGAUCUGAUCUCAUAAACUGGGGAUUCACACUUCCCUCUUUUGUA